GGAGCGAGACGUGUACCCGGAAGUGCCGGCCGGCCGGCAGGCGGGGCUGCGGCUGCCACGUUGAAGCGGAACGUGGAGGUGGCCCUGGGCCUCGGGAGGAGGAGGAGGAGCGGCGGAUUCCGGCAGAGUCGGUCGGGCGCCGCGCUCAGGCUAGGAGUGAUCGCUGAGAGUCUCCGCUUGCUGUGUCCGCCUCUCGUCUCCCGUCGUCUCUGUCCGGCUGUCGAGCCUCGAGGCUUCUCAAGGCCUCCCAGUUGUUGGUAGGUGUGGGAGUCUGAAGUUCUGAUUCUGUUCUCACUUACUGAGGAUGAAGCUGAAGGAGGUAGAUCGUACGGCCAUGCAGGCGUGGAGCCCUGCCCAGAACCACCCCAUUUACCUAGCUACAGGAACAUCUGCUCAGCAAUUAGAUGCAACAUUUAGUACCAACGCUUCCCUUGAGAUAUUUGAAUUAGACCUUUCUGACCCAUCCUUGGAUAUGAAAUCCUGUGCUACUUUCUCUUCUUCUCACAGGUACCACAAGUUAAUUUGGGGGCCUCAUAAGAUGGAUUCCAAAGGAGAAGUCUCUGGAGUUUUGAUUGCAGGUGGUGAAAAUGGAAAUAUUAUUCUUUAUGAUCCUUCUAAAAUUAUAGCUGGAGACAAGGAGGUUGUGAUUGCCCAGAAUGACAAGCACACCGGCCCAGUGAGAGCCCUGGAUGUGAACACUUUCCAGACGAAUCUUGUCGCCUCUGGUGCUAAUGAGUCUGAAAUCUGCAUUUGGGAUCUCAACAAUUUUUCAGCUCCAAUGACUCCAGGAGCCAAAACGCAGCCCCCAGAAGAUGUCAGCUGCAUUGCGUGGAACAGACAAGUUCAGCAUAUUUUAGCAUCAGCCAGUCCCAGUGGCCGGGCUACAGUAUGGGAUCUUAGGAAAACUGAACCAAUCAUCAAAGUCAGUGACCAUAGUAACAGGAUGCAUUGCUCUGGGUUGGCGUGGCACCCUGAGAUUGCUACUCAGAUGGUCCUUGCUUCUGAGGAUGACAGGCUACCCGUGAUCCAGAUGUGGGACCUGCGAUUCGCCUCCUCUCCACUUCGCGUCCUGGAAAACCAUGCCAGGGGAAUUUUGGCAAUUGCUUGGAGCAUGGCUGAUCCUGAAUUGUUACUGAGCUGUGGAAAGGAUGCUAAGAUUCUCUGCUCCAACCCAAACACAGGAGAAGUGUUAUAUGAACUUCCCACCAAUACACAGUGGUGCUUUGACAUUCAGUGGUGUCCCCGCAAUCCUGCUGUUUUAUCAGCCGCCUCGUUUGAUGGCCGUAUCAGUGUUUACUCUAUCAUGGGAGGAAGCACAGAUACUUUGAGGCAGAAACAAGUUGACAAGCUGUCAUCAUCUUUUGGGAAUCUGGAUCCUUUUGGCACAGGACAGCCGCUCCCUCCAUUACAGAUUCCCCAGCAGAGCGCCCAGCACAGCGUAGUGUUGCCUCUGAAGAAGCCUCCCAAGUGGAUCCGAAGGCCUGUCGGGGCUUCGUUUUCUUUUGGAGGCAAGCUGGUUACAUUCGAGAAUGUCCGAGUGCAGUCUCCACAGGGGGCUGAGCAGCAGCUGCAGCAGCAGCAGGUCUUCAUCAGCCAGGUUGUAACAGAAAAGGAAUUCCUCAGCCGGUCAGACCAGCUUCAGCAGGUUGUACAGUCUCAAGGAUUUAUCAGCUAUUGCCAGAAGAAAAUUGAUGCCUCCCAGACUGAGUUUGAGAAGAAUGUUUGGUCCUUCUUGAAGGUGAACUUUGAGGAUGAUUCUCGUGGAAAAUAUCUUGAACUUCUGGGAUACAGAAAGGAAGAUUUGAGAAAGAAGAUUGCUUUGGCCUUGAACAAAGUGGAUGGAACGGAUGUGGCUCUUACAGACUCUGGCCCAGGAGCACAGAGUGAUGGGGAGGAAAGCCCUGCUGCCGAGGAGCAGCUCUUGGCAGAGCGUAUUAAAGAGGAAACACAAGAGUCUGAAUUUCUACCCUCAGCUGGAGGAACAUUUAAUAUUUCCGUCAGUGGGGAUAUUGAUGGUCUAAUUACUCAAGCUUUGCUGACGGGGAAUUUUGAGAGUGCUGUUGACCUUUGUUUACAUGACAACCGUAUGGCUGAUGCCAUUAUAUUGGCCAUAGCAGGUGGAAAAGAACUUUUGGCUCGAACACAGACAAAAUACUUUGCCAAAUCCCAAAGCAAAAUUACCAGGCUCAUCACUGCAGUAGUGAUGAAGAACUGGAAAGAGAUUGUAGAGUCUUGUGACCUUAAAAAUUGGAGAGAGGCGUUAGCUGCAGUGUUGACUUACGCAAAACCAGAUGAGUUCUCAGCCCUUUGUGAUCUUUUGGGAACGAGGCUUGAAAGGGAAGGAGAUAGCCUCCUGCAGACGCAGGCUUGUCUCUGCUAUAUCUGUGCUGGGAAUGUCGAGAAGCUAGUUUCGUGUUGGACCAAAGCUCAAGAUGGAAGCAGUCCUCUGUCCCUUCAGGAUCUAAUUGAGAAAGUUGUCAUUCUGCGAAAGGCUGUACAACUCACCCAAGCCAUGGACACUAAUUCUGUGGGGGUUCUGCUGGCUGAGAAGAUGAGUCAGUACGCCAACUUGCUGGCUGCCCAGGGCAGUAUUACUGCAGCGUUGGCUUUUCUUCCUGACAACACCAACCAGCCAAAUAUUGUGCAGCUUCGUGACCGACUUCGUCGAGCACAAGGAGAGCCUGUAUCAGUGCAAGAAUCAGCUAAAGUUCCUUAUGAGAGGCAGCCGAUGCCCAAGGGUAGACCUGGGCCAAUUGCUGGCCACCCACAGAUGCCAAGAAUGCAAGUUCAGCAAUAUUAUCCCCAUGUUAAAAUUGCCCCUACUGUCACUACCUGGAGUAACAAAACUCCUACUGCCCUUCCCAGCCAUCCACCUGCAGCCUCUCCCUCUGACACACAGGGAGAAAAUCCUCCACCUCCAGGUUUCAUAAUGCAUGGAAAUAUUAACCCAAAUGCUGCUGCUCCGCUUCCCACAUCUACGGGUCAUGUGCAUGGCCAGGUACCACCUUAUCCGCAGCCACAGCCUUAUCAACCAGCCCAGCAGUAUCCCUUCGGAACAGGGGGGUCAGCACUGUAUCGACCUCAGCAGCCUGUUGCUCCUCCUGCCUCAAACGCUUACCCUAACACCCCUUACAUCUCUUCUGCUUCUUCCUAUUCUGGGCAGUCUCAGCUCUAUGCAGCACAGCACCAGGCCUCCUCACCUACCUCCAGCCCUGCUGCUUCUCUCCCUCCUCCCCGUUCCUCUGGAGCAUCCUUCCAGCAUGGCGGGCCAGGAGCUCCACCGUCAUCUGCAGCUUAUGCACUGCCGCCUGGAACAACAGGUACACUGCCUGCUGCCAGUGAGCUGCCUGCGUCCCAGAGAACAGAAAUUCAGUUUAUCCAAGACCAGGCAUUUAUGUUGGAAGGUCCACAGAAUGGGUGGAAUGAUCCUCCAGCUUUGAACAGAGUACCCAAGAAGAAGAAGAUGCCUGAGAACUUCACGCCUCCAGUUCCCAUCACGUCACCAAUCAUGAACCCCUUGGGUGACCCCCAGUCACAGAUGCUGCAGCAACAAACUCCAGCUCCAGUACCGCCGUCAAAUCAAGCUUCAUUCCCACAGCCGCACCUUCCAGGUGGCCAGCCCUUCCAUGGCAUGCAGCAGCCUCUUGGCCAAGCAAGUAUGCCACCAUCUUUCUCCAAGCCCAAUUUGGAAGGUGCCCCAGGGGCUCCUAUUGGAAAUACCGUCCAGCAUGUGCAGUCUUUGCCUACAGAAAAAAUCACUAAGAAACCCAUCCCUGACGAGCACCUCAUUCUGAAGACCACGUUCGAGGAGCUUAUUCAGCGCUGCCUCUCUUCGGCCACGGAUCCUCAAACCAAGAGGAAGCUAGAUGAUGCCAGCAAACGUCUGGAGUUUCUAUAUGAUAAACUUAGGGAACAAACACUGUCACCGACGAUCAUCAAUGGUUUACACAGCAUUGCCAGGAGCAUUGAAAUGCGGAACUACUCCGAAGGAUUGACCAUCCACACUCACAUUGUCAGCACCAGCAACUUCAGUGAGACUUCCGCCUUCAUGCCAGUUCUCAAAGUUGUCCUCACCCAGGCCAAUAAGCUGGGUGUCUGAAGGGACAACUUCAUCUCCCCACCAAUAUUGCCAUUUUUUCCAAAGAAACGUGUUCUAGAGAAAUUGUAUGACAUGGACCAAUCUCAUUAGCAUGUUUCCAUAGCAGCCAGUGAAGAGCAGUUCCAUGGUUCCUACAGCUGUACUCACUUUACACUGCUCAAAACCCUGGUGCCUCCUUUUGUUGUAACUUUCUGUUGCACAUCUUGAUUUUCUUGUUCUGCAAAUAGUGUAUUUCCUGGAUUACACACAGUAUUGUUUUCCAGGUAUUCUGAUAAAUAUGAUUUUUAAAACCUCAAUUUACUUUUUAGAAAAAUUGCAUAUGGUUAUGCAUAAAGCAGAAUGAAAGCUAAAUUUCUUCCAUGUCCUCUCUACUUCCUCCAUGUCAAUCAAAUUAAAGUGUAUACUCCUGUU